UAUAUACUUAUAUAUAUAUAUACUAUAUAUAUAUAUAUAUAUAUACCAUAUAUAUAUUAUAUAUAUAUAUACCAUAUAUAUAUACACAGCUAACAUUCCAAAGGAAGUCUUUAUAAAUUGUCUUUUUAUUUCUUAUUCUCCUCUCACCUUUUUCCAUUUGUGUUUUUUGCUUUAAUAUAGAUUUCAUUAUAUGUGACUAUUUUGGGAAAUAAAAAUUGAUACCAACUUGUUUGUCAGAUUUUUCAAUAAUUUGAUAUCCUGCUAGAGAUAACACUGUCAGUAGCUGUGUGUGCUACAUCCUGUUUGUGCUCACUAACGAAUCAUCACGGUCAUUAUUGGCCAAAACAUUGCUGAGAAGAUGGCAUUUGGCAGGCUGAUGGGUCCUGAUGAGAAUAUGAUCAAGGCUGUCUACCUUGGCCCUCAGCAGCAUACCUCCCUGCUUCACACUAAGUGGUUGCUAGGCAACAGCACUCUGUGGCGGCCGGGGAUUGGUGGAGGCCUUUGAAUUAAUGGUGAGACUACUAGGCUACUGUCAGUACAUAGUGUCCUGGCCAAGCUGCAGCCCACCGUUACAUUAGAAUUCAAGAAAAGGGAAGAGUCUUAAAAAUGAGAGAAAUUUAAACAUCCUCGGUCCCACACCGAGGCUCCGGAGAAAUAUAUGUUGCAAACUGGAGAGAUUUGGAGGGAGGAACGGGAAUAAAAGAUGUGGGGGUUUUACAAGUGUGUGCUUGUGUGGGAGGCGCAGCUCUUCUUCCUCCAGGCUCCUUAAGCUGAUAUCCCCCGCUGUCUUUCAUUUGAUUUCACUGUUGCAGCAGAACGCUCACAUUUACUAAUAUUUCACAAAUCUUCUGCAUAAGACCUGAGUCUGGUCCAAUCAUAAGCAUGCGAUGAUCUGCCUUGACAAAACAUAAUUUGGUUAAGAGGAAGUGCCUUUUUGAUCUUUUCGUCUUACCUAAAAGUAGCGAUCCAUUAGAAAGAAGAGAAAUCCCUCUUCUGCAGACUUCACCCUCCCUCCAGAAGCCCUCACACUGAUCAUCUGUAGUAACAUGAAAGCUUUUAGCUCCAAAUCUUGCCUCCUCUAAAAAAAAUAAAAAAAAGUCCACCCAAGCCAGUUCACUAAUUUAAAGGUGUAUUUGUCUGCACACAGUUUGCCAUUGUUGUUGCUAUGAGAACCUGGAGUUAAUCACUAUGAUUUACUGAUGAUUGGAGAGCUGAACAGAGAUUUUGCCAUUAAAUUACCACUCACUGCCAGAACCCGACCGUGGUUUCCAGGGAAACUGGAAAUUGUGAGGCUUUUAUCUAGACACAGACACCGCUAAAGAGAGCGAGGAUUGCCUAACGUAGAUUCUUCUAGGGACAAACCUGCAGCCACUGCAAUCGCUAUCAAUCAACAGGGGAGCUGUACGGACAGAUGUGGGUCUCUGGCACCGGUGAGAUUUUGCGAUGUUUGUCCCAAAUGUGAGAGAGAGAGUUGUGAAGAGACUUCAGUCUGACUUGGACUGCUGAGGCGCUUCCACCACUUUAAUGCAGAGACAAAAUGGGAAGUCUGAAGGACAAGAUGAGAGGUCUCAGAGAGGACCACAAGUCCUGUGAGAAGACAGAUGAUGGAGAGCGUCCAGGCGGCUCCGAUGGCAGCGCUGAGCCGGAGGGACCUCAGAUAAACACGAGUCAAGAGUCAACAACUCGUCAACCAAAACUUCACAUGAAUGCCAGCUACGUUGAAGAGAGAGACAAGAAUGAAAAAUCCAAAGAUCAAGAGCUUUCAGGAGAGGGUUGUGUUAAAGAGUCUACGCAGACUGACACCAUCCCUCUUACACAACACACUGAAGACGAUCAAACAACAACAGCUACACAGAACGACAUGGCAGUCUCUAAUAAGUUCCUGAGUGACGGAGUUGGAGUUGGUGAAAUUCAGGGGGAGACGUCUAGGGAUAAAAAAGUGGGUCAUGACAGAGAAAAAAAGACAGCCAUUGAAAAUAUAUUGGUGCCUGUGCCAGCAACUCCAGCAACUCCAGACCCCUCAGACCCACGAUCCCCAGCUCCUUCUGGCCAGCGCCACAUGCCCACACAGGUCAGCCUGGAGGUGGUCCAGUGUCGCUCUGCAGCCACCAGCCCCAUGACGCCUCCUGAGGGCGGCCAUUCCUUCUUCUUCCCGAGCUCUUUUGGGAAGUCCGGAGCAGUGGGUGCUGUCACUAAAGACGCUGAGCUGCAGGUGGGUCAUCAGGUGGAGUUCUGCUCUGUGGCCACAUCCCCCAUGACCCCAAAGACGCCCUCGACCACAGCUUUCCCAGAGCUUAGCGAUAGAGAGACGGCGCAGAAGCAGAAGGAGGAGAAUGUGAACAAGAGUGACGCGCAGAGGGAGAGUGACAAACGAGAGAGUUUUCCUGUGACAAAAAGUCUACAAGAGGCUGAGCCAGAGAUAACUGGAGCUUUGAAAAGUAUCACGUCAAAGGAGCCGAGUGAGGGCUUCAGCUCAAAUGCAUCUCCAGAGAGCUCCGUCAGCUGCACUGCUGCCGGGUUAGUAGUUUCACCUGUAACCCUGCGGGAUAGUAAUCAGCCGUGUAAACAGCAGAGGAUGGGAAGUAUGGAUCAAGACAUCACAAUUCUGGUGACCCAUUAUGGCAACAAUGAGGAGGAAGAGGGAGAGAAGUCGGAAUCGUCUUGUUUUACCAUUGAGCCAGAGAUGGUCAAAAUAGAUGAAUAUGAGGAACUAAGAGAGAACAACGGUGAUGUAAAGAGGGAGGAUGGAAUGGAAAUGAUCUCCGCGGGAACUGUUGUCCCUGAUGUAGGCCUACAGGACGCCUCAAACUCCAGCCCUUCACAGAACAAAACUGAAGAAUCCUCUGUUUGUGCUUGUGACGAACCAAAGACAAACGUGAAUGCUGAAAAUUCAGAGGUGGAAGAAAACAAAGGUGAGUGUGGAGAGUUGAGAGACGUGACAAAGCCUCCCGUCCCUGAAUCUCCAGCUCCCUUCGGCUGCCACAACAUCCGCACUCAGGUCAGCCUGGAGGUGGUGCAGUGUCAGUCUGCUGCUACCAGCCCUAUGACCCCUCCUGAGGGGGACCAAGCCUUCUGCUUCCCCAGCUCUUUGGGGAUGUGUGGAGGUGUCGGCACAGAGGCUAAAGACGCUGAGCUGCAGGUGGGUCCGCAGGUGGAGUUUCGCUCUGUCGCUACAGCACCCAUGACCCCGAGAACGCCCACCAGCAUGGCUUUCCCUGAGAUCAGGAAGGAUGCGAGCGUAGAGGAGAAGAUAGUGGAGGAGGAAGAGGAUACAAAGGCGCAGGUGGUGGAGGACAAAGAGGAGGAGAAAGUAACCGAAGAGAAAAAAGUAGAGGCAGCUGAAGAGGACACAAAGGAGGCACUAGAUUGUGCGGAGAUAAGCGAGGAGCCGGUGCAGGAAGUGAGCUGGGAUGAAAAGGGGAUGACGUGGGAGGUGUACGGGGCGGUGGUGGAAGUGGCAGUGUUGGGCUCGGCCAUACAGAAACACCUGGAGAAACAGGUGAAGAAGCAGAAGCCCUCCAUGCCUCCCCCUCCCCCGCUCAACCCCUCCGCCAUGCCCCUCACUUCAGAGUGCAUCCAGAGGGGUUCUGGUUCGGGUAAGGGCCGGGCGGGGGAAAGGGGAGGGCGGGAUGGGUCGGAGGUGAGCCGACGCAGAAGAAACCCCUUCCGUCAGCUGAUGGAGAACAUGCAGCAGCCUCAUUGUUGCUCCAGAGCUCACACCGCAGAGUGACACAAGAAUCCGGUCGAGAAAACAACAGCUGGUAGGAGGAAGAAGAAAAAAAGCCGAUCACAUGGUAUAUGUGUCUGUGAUCCAGUGAUUAACUUCAGCGAGACUUAACAAUUGUGAGAAGCAAAUCACCUCACACGAGACACAAAAAAAAAGCACAAAAGCAUUUCAUAUCCAACUUUUAUCAUGGAGCGUUAAGAAUCAACCAUAGAAGAUGGGGUAUCGUUUUUCUCUUUUUCUUGGAGUUCCAUGUUCAGAAAAACGAUCACUGCCAUCGUUAGCUCUUCUCCUUUAAUAUUGUUCAUCAAGACCAUUCAGUUGUCCACUGAGUCAUUUUAGCUGUUGAUGUUUUUUUGUAAUGCACCUCAGACAAUAUGAAGCAAUGGCAAUCCUUACAAGCUUAACACAGCUUUAACUGUGGGAGAUGAGUGACAGUGACAGCUUUUGAUUGUCAUUUAUUAUGUGAUUUUUUUUUCAAAUGUAUAUUAAGUUCAAAUUGAUCCCUGGCAUGUGUACGUUUGUGUGUGUGUGUGUGUGUGUGUGUGUGUGUGUGUGUGCGCGUGUGUGUCUCCCUACCAUUAGUGCAGGCUUUUGUAUUGUAUUCUGCUUUUAGAUUUGGCACAAUGCUUUGACUUGUUUGUAUUGUGAAAGUAUAAAAAUGUACAAAUGGCGAGCACAAUCGACACCUGAUAUGAUGAGGAUAUUUUUAGUCAUUACCACUUAAUGUAUUUUAAUGCCUUGAUUAGUGAUUCAGUUGUAAAUGAUGUGAUGAAACCUAUUUUAAAUGUGUUUAAAGAGGUUGUUACAGUGCCAGUGGUGUUGGUGUUCAUACGUUAAGUUCAUAAAAGCAGGUUUAAAUCCA